AGCAAGUGCAUGGCAGUAUAAACUCGAUUUCUUUGUGCUUAUUUUGUAAGAUUCAACAGAUGAUGUAAGGAUGCCGUCUUCCAUCGUUCCUUGUGUUACUUGGGUGCCUAAAGGCAAAGCGAAGCAGCACCCAACCAAGAUCACUCUUAGUCCAGAAGAGCUGCGUGCCCUUUGGGAAAAAGCCGAUUCUGAGCUGAAAGAGAAUGAAGAAGAAUUGAGACAGAUUGUGAAGGAAGAGCUUGAUGGACCUGAAAGUGAUGAGGAGGAUGACCCUGAGCUGGCCAAGUUUGACCUGGAUAAUUAUGAUGAUGACGAGGUGGAUGGAGAGGAGAAAGGGGUACUUCUAGCCGGUUUAGAGGGUGCGUUUACAGACAUGCUCAUUCAGUCAGGUGCUGAUGAGUACAUCACCUUGGAGAAGGAGAAGGGUUCAGACGACGAAGAUGACGAGAUCAAAGCAGAAGACAGUCUGCUAGUCGUGGGUAAAGUAGCAGAUGAUCUCAGCACGCUGGAAAUCAUGGUGUACAAUGAGAAUGAAGGCAGUGAAUAUGUUCAUCACGACCAGCUCCUGGAUAUUUUCCCUCUGUGCUUAGAGUGGAUGGACUUUCCUGUGCACAUUGACAACCCACAGGAGCAGCAGAGUACUCGAGCAAACAUUAUUGUGGCCGGGAGUAUGAUGCCAUGCCUAAAUUUCUGGAAUUUGGAUGUUGUGGACACAAUGGAACCGGCUCUUCAGCUUGGAUCGACCAAACGUUCUAAAAAGAAGAAAAAUGCAGGAAUUGGUCACAAUGAUGCAGUGUUGUCACUGGCAUGGAACCCCAUUGCUCGCCAUCUUCUUGCUUCGGCAUCAGCGGACUGCACUGUUAUUGUGUGGGACUUGCGGAGUCGUACAUGCGCUCAGACACUGAAAGCGCACAAUGAUAAAGUGCAGACCCUGGCAUGGCAUCCAUUUGAGGCUACGUCGCUACUUAGUGGCGGUAUGGAUAAGUCUGUGCGUCUGUAUGACUGCAGAGAUCCAGAGAAGACCACCAGGGCAUGGCCAGUGUCUGGAGAAGUUGAGAAUGUCUUAUGGAAUCGAUUUGAACCAUAUCAGUUUCUUGCCAGCUGUGACGAUGGCUUCAUCUAUUGUAUGGAUGUGCGCCAAGCUGGUAAUAAGCCACUGUACCAGCUGUCAGCCCAUUCCAAAGCAGUCAACGCCAUCAGCAUGAGUCCAACCGUAGAGGGUGUCCUGGCAUCUGUGUCUAGUGACCGAGAGCUCAAGGUAUGGGAUAUCCAGGGCGGUAAACCGUCUUGUGUUCUCUCGCGCAAUAUGAAGAUGGGUGAGCUGUUGUCAACAGCGUUCUGCCAUGAUGCUCCGUUCACCCUUGCUAUUGGUGGAGAGAAGCAGGGCGUACGCAUUCUCAACCUUCUGGAAAACGCCACCAUUCGUAAUCACUUUGCUGGUCGUCAGCCAAAGACGUUGCAGUGGGUGACAUCAGCUGAGGAAAACAGUGAAGCCGCCACUGCUGCGUCUGCUGCUGCUGCGAUGGAUACUGGUGAUGCAGCCACGGCAUCUGCGUCAAGCAGUCCUAUUGCUGCUGCUGCUGCCAACUCUUCAAGUGAAGGCAAGGCCUCCAAAAAGAAGAAAUCGAAAACCGGCAAGAAUAAGCGGACAAAGCAUAGGAAGUAACGUUGCGGUGUUACCACUAUCUCAUGUACAGCAUAAUGUAAAUAUGAAUUUCGUCUGUCGUUGCCACUAUCUCAUGUACAGCAUAAUGUAAAUAUUAAUUGCCUCUGUGGUUGCCCCGGAGUAUAGCCUUGUCUGUGCAGUGGUGUGUUCGUGAGUCAACGCAGGACUCUCGUGUACGCUGGUGCCUUUGCUAGUCAUGCGAUGAGAAACUCACCGACUUACCAGUUUGAGCACUUGGAUGUAUUACACUCUCGGCUCCGGUUCGAUUUCACUGUCAUUCUUUGUACUUCAAGUAUUUCUACCUUUGUAUGAUAUAAUACCAUGAUUACACCACUGACAGUUGCUUGCGGGCAUUACAGAGUCCUAGAGACUGGGAGCAUAGAUCGUGGAGUUUUGCCCAGUUCUUGUCGUGGUUGCUGGUCGCUGUGCUGCAUGUACCGGCGGUAUGUGUACCUGUAAAUCAUGUAUGCUGCAAGAGGAGCGCAUGCACUGGCUCAGUGCCGGCUGUUUUUGA